AUGGCAACUACAGCAUUCAUCUUUGCAGAACCUGCACAAGAUGCAAACUCUGAACCUACUCCUACAACAGCCUCUGAACCUGUUCAAGCCAGUCCUCAGAAGUCAGCCAGAUUCAAAUUAAGGGCUCAAAAGCCUGCAAGGGCAAAAGUUCCAGUCACUGACAUAACAGACUUCACAGUUGAGGAAGAGCAAACACCAUCAACUCAAGUUGCUGAACAGUCUCAAGCUCUGAUGGUGCUUCCUAUCCAAGCUGUUCCACUAACAUCUCCUACAGCUUCUUCUACUUCAUCUGAAGUAGAUGAAGAAAUUGUUUGCAAGGAACAAGCUACAACUGAAGCUGGAGCAAAUAUGUCUGAUCCUCAUACUCCAGUAUCUGAUCAUGGACCCUCCACUCCAAUUCCUACUUCUCCAAUGAAAAUUCCAGAGGAAAUCAUGUCAACAACUGCUUUCGAGUUCGAUGGAGCAAAGUUUGUCACCAACAACUACUCCGCCAUCCUGGAUAACGAUGAAGCCCCCAAAGAGUUUCAUCUUAUUCAAGAUUUCUUGGCUCACAGUGAGCUGAUGUAUGCUCUGACCCAGCCAGAGCUAAUCUCUCCUUCCGAGGUUCUCACCUUCUGGAGGACAACAAAUUACGAUGAUGGAGGUGAAAAUGGUUCUCCAUCUCUCACCUGCGAUUAUGAAGGUCAAGAGUAUGUUGUCUCACCAGCGACUGUUAGGAAGGCUCUUCAUCUUCCUGAAGAGAAGAAGUAUGAUGCUUCAGAUAAACUGAAAGUAGCUUUACCCGACAAGUAUGAAGCUUUAUUCUCUGAUGAGAAUAUCCCACAGCCUCCAUCUCCUGCUCAUGAACCAGUAGCAAAAUCUGAUCCCAAACCAACCUCUGGUUCUUCUCAACAAGGACCAGUUGAAAAAUCUUCACCAAAAAGGAUACUCAGAUCCACCAAAACCCCAACCAAACCCUCCCCUCCUCCUAGAAAAAGAAGAUUUCUACAGAAAAUUUCAGACUCUAAAUCAGAUGAAGAUAUUCCUCCUCCUCCACCAGCAAAGAAACUGAGAAAGAAAAUAAAGCCAACCUCUAUUACUGAUCUGACUGUGGAACCACCUCAGUCAGAGGAUCCUGAACAAGCCUUGAUUCCAUUCUCUGAUCAAUCUGCAGAGCCCCUAUUGAUUGAACCUCUUUCUGCAAUGCCACUUGAUAUUGCUGCAGCUGACAAACAAAUGUUAGAGUCAACCUCUGAUCACAAUGAUCAGACAGAGGGAAACAAGUCUGUUGAAGAAAGAAUUGCAGCUGAUACUGAUAUAUCAGAAAAACCCUCUGAUGCACCAAGCAAAUCAGAGGAUGCACAAAUAGAAAUGGUACUCCAGCUAAUCCAGGAUUCUCUGGUUCAACCUGAAGAUAUUAUUGCAGCUCCUGCUCAGGAGAUUCCCAUGGCUGAAAACUCUGAGGCAGCUACUGAAGCUCUGGAGUCACAUACUCUGAGUGUUUUUCUUGCAGACAUUGAUGAUGAUGAAGGAACAGAAGUUACAUCAACUCCCUUUCAAGCUCCUGGUCUACACUCUAUAAUCUCUGAGCCAGUCAGAGAAACUACACCAGAAAGGGUUGAUUCCCCAAUCAAGGCACUGUCACUAGUCAGGGAAUCCACUCCUUAUAUAGCUCCUGCAGUUCCAGGUUCUCCACUUCCAUCCUCUGAGCCUGCCAGAAGGAGAAUCUGCCACUUAUCUUAUAAUCACAGGAUGUGCAGAACCACAUCACCUUCUGUUGAAGACAGACUUACUUCUAUUGAAGCCACUCAGGCUUCAAUGCAUUAUACUCUAGCAGAUUUGAGUGCUUCUGGGGCACAACUGGUACAGGUUCUCACCUCUGCUGAUGUCAAAAAGGGGGAGAAAACAUCCAAAGACAAAUGCAAACCUGAUCAGCAAAUAAAAAGGAAAAAGCCAGAUGAUGAUGAGGAAGAAAAAGGGGAGAUGAACAAACAGCAAAAGCUGCUGCAGAUCAAAGAAACAAAGAAGAACAGUAGUAAAGAAGCAGCAAGCUCUGAGAGACCACCACUCAGAGAAUCUCAAAAACAGAAAUCUAUGAAAUUGACUGUUAUAACUCAAGCUCAGAGUAUAAGCAAAGCAGUCAGAGAUUCAGAUGCUAUAUCUAAAGAGAUAAAUCUUGUGAACUCUGAGAAGAUUCCAAAGCAAAAGGGAAUAGUAAUCAGUGAGGUGAACUACACUGAUAUCAACAGACCAAGAACCAGAUCUCAAACUCUGUCUGAGUCUGACUCAAAAGACAAAGGAAAGAAACCAGUUGAUGUAGUUCCUCCAGUUCCUACUAUGCCAAAGAAGUCAAUAAUCACAUUAGCACCAGAGAAUCCUACUAAGAGGAUGAUCAAGCUGAGCAAGAAUAUACACAUAAUUGCUAAUGUCUCUGAUCAAGCAGAAGGAAAGGAAGCUGGAUUGGUCAGAAGAAGAAAAGGUGAAUUCAAGUCAAUUCCUGAGAAAACUUUAACCUCUGACAUUGCUCAAGUUAAAGUUCCAGUAACUCAAGAAAGGAUUGAAGACACUAAAGUUUCCUGGUUGAAAUUAAACUCUGAGAAGACUCAAGAUGAUCAGAAGAAAAAGAGUUUAUAUGGGAGUCUUGACAGGCCUAGAGUUAUUCAGCUUGGAGAAGCAAUGAAGAGAAGCAAAGUGAAUGCUUUGAGAGCAGCUAUCUAUCAGACUGGGGAUGAAACUGAAGAACUCAGAAAUGUCAAAGCCCAGAUGAUCCAGACUUUGAAGCUGAAGGAAGAAAAUCUGAUCAACCAGUUUGUCAGAGAAAGCUAUGGAUAUAGGUUGAUUUGA